AUGAUUUUGCUGCGGCGGAAAAGCCGCGACGAGGAACUGUUUGCAGCCAACGAGGCCGCCGAAAAGAAACGCGCCAAAGAGGAAAAGAACAAGAAAAAGAAUGCGAAGAAGAUGGCGUCGAUGCCGUUGCGCAAAAAGAGCCAGGAGCACAACAACAAUGUCAAGGUGCGAAAGAACUCAGCCGUCGCCACUGCCAACGAGAGGAAAGAGUCGAAACGUACACCGACUGAAGGAUCUCCAAAGAGCCCUUCCAACCAGCAACGCUUUCUACCGGCUGCGCUUCGAUCGCCCACGUCUAUUUUAAGACGAAAGAAGAAGCCUCUCGGCCCGAGCCUGAGCUGGGAUCCCGAACGUUCUCGCGAGGGUCUCGACGCCGUUCCAGCCGCCGAAGAGCGGUCUCGAAUUCAUUCCGACGGCUCCGAGGCUGAGGCCGAGAAUUCCGACGAGGGCGAUCGUCGCAGUGAACUUGAGCAAGUCUGCCCACAUUGUGCUCUGCUGGCUGACUACAAGAAAAAGCUGCUGAAAGCGGAAAUAGAAACGGCAGUGAUGCGACUUGCCCGGCGACUUGCUCAAAAUACGGGUCGAAGCUUUUCGCGGGGUGACCAGCAAUCGGUUAAAAGCCUAAAAAUCGACGCUCCGGACAUUGUUGUGUCUUCGAUAUCGUCGGACGAAGAGGACGCGACGAACGAGACGACGGGUAGCGAGGGGCAAUUCAGCAGUCUGCAGACCAGUGAGGCCAGGCAGCAUGGGUUGCAGUUGAGACCCCCUAAAUUUCUCUCACCAUUUCCCGACUCGAACUCCCCGCCGAGGAGCAACAGCGUCGAUUUGUCAACGUUGCGGCGCGAUAUCGAGUUGUUAUCGAUAUCAUCGGGCGAUUCGGAGGCAGAAUCCUCAUCAGAAUUCGACGCACCAACCCCUGCGGAUUCUGUGCGCACCUUUCGAAGUAAAUCCCACGAUCCGGCGCCUUCACCUGAAAAUCUGCUGCGGAGACCCUCGCGAAUUGAGCACCUCAGCGAAUUAUUCAGGAAAGCGCUCGCAAAAUCGCCGGUAGUCCGCAGGACGGCCGAGCAUGAGCAUCGAACAGUCAACAAACAUCGGACAAGUCGCUAUUGGGUCGAUGAACAGAUACUCGCCGCAGAACAUAUUUGGCUUCCAUCGUCCGGGCCAGGGAGCAGUUCAAGUGCCGAUAAUGACUGUUAUUUGGGAGAUAAAGGCGGUUGCGAGCGUACGGGUGAAAAGCGACGUUGCGCAGCGUGUCACAUUGUCGCCCACACGGCCUGCUUUUCCAUUCUGGCAAAGCUAAAUCUAAACUGCAAGCUGACGUUUCGAGACCACGGCCGGAAGCCCCACAGCACAAAGGAUUUAUUGGAUGGGCUGGUGAUGCAUCAUUGGGUGCACAAGUGGCGCCACGAAGGAAGAUGCAAUCGAUGCGGGAAAAGCUUCCAGCAAAAAAUUUUUUUCCACCAGAAAGAGAAGGAGCCGGUGGCGGUAUCGUGUUCGUGGUGUAAGGAGUCGUAUCACAUCAAGAACUGCUUCGACACGGAGAAGCUCGCCGAAAAGUGCAACCGAGGAUCGUUACGAGACGUUGUUAUCCCACCCGGCUGGCUUCUGAGGUUGCCGACAAGAAAGAGAAAUAAACAUCGACAUAGGGCAAACGGAAAAAGACCGAUCCGUGCAUUCAUCGCCAAACCCAUCGACACGCACAAUGGCUCGGGCCCGUCACAACCCCUCGUCGUGUUCGUCAACCCAAAAUCCGGCGGAAACAAGGGUUCAAAAGCGCUCCACACCCUUUGCUGGCUCCUCAACCCGCGCCAAGUCUUUGAUAUCACCAGCUUGAAGGGGCCCAAAUUUGGGCUUGAGGUAUACCGGAAAAUGGCGACGCAAUUGCGGCUGCUGGUUUGCGGUGGUGACGGGACGGUGGGAUGGGUGUUGCAGACGUUGGAUCAGUUAAACUGGGCAACCUACCCACCGAUGGCCCUACUACCGCUCGGUACCGGAAACGAUUUGUCGAGGUGUAUGGGUUGGGGUGGUUCGUACACGGAUGAGCCACUAUCACAGCUCCUGCAAGCCAUUGUCCACGAGAGUUCCGUCACUCAUCUCGAUAGAUGGCGCAUCGACGUCGAGCCAAACCUUUCCAUCCCACCUGAUGCCCCGGAAGAUAUGGGAGUAGCCGUACAAUCAUCACUACCCCUUACCGUCAUGAACAACUACUUCAGCAUUGGCGCCGAUGCCCACGUUGCCCUCCAAUUUCACCAUUCGCGCAGUGCAAACCCGCAAAUGCUAAACUCACGGCUCAAAAAUCGGAUUGCCUACGGUGGGCUGGGGACGAUCGAUUUGUUCAAACGAAGCUGGAAGGAUCUGUCGGAGUAUAUCAAACUCGAGUGUGAUGGCGUCGAUCUGACCCCCAAGCUGAAGGAGCUAAAGUUGCACUGCGUUCUCUUCCACAACAUUUCGUAUUAUGCGGGCGGCACCGUGCCUUGGCCGGCCGAUGACGAUUCCCCUCGGCCCUCGAGUUGUGACGGGAAAAUCGAGGUCCUCGGGUUUACCACGGCGACUUUGGCCGCGCUGCAAAUGGGUGGUAAGGGCGAACGCCUUGCACAAUGUUCCUCGGUGCGCGUGAUCACGACUAAAGCCAUUCCUAUGCAGGUGGACGGAGAGCCGUGUAUGUUAGCGCCAAGCAGUAUUCACCUACAGUUCCACAGCAAAGUACCAAUGCUGAGGAGGGAGAAGAAGGUCGUAUGCUCGCCAUCGCUUAGGAAAGGAACGAAAUGGAAUCGUGCCGAGCCCAGCCAUACAUCCACCGCCCUCAUCAUGCAAUUGCCGGUGAUCGUCGUCGGACGCCAUGAUUACGAUACCUAUAAAGAUGCAAUUGAGCGGCUAAAAGAUACAGCAUUCGAAAUCGGGAUGAUAUCUAUUGAGGCGGAAAUGGAUCUGGUGCAAGCGAGGCAACAGGUGCACAAGCUGCUCCACGACCAUCCGUGUUUGCCGUACGAGCAUACGCAAGAUUGGCGGUUUUUAGAUUAUGUGACAAACGCGGAAGAGGGUACGUUCCGCGUCUCGCGACACGCCGAAUACGCGCAGUCGGUGUCUGAUAUCUGCAAUCCGGAUGAGUGUCUCCUCAUUUUGGACGACGCAUUCCCGUCGAUUACCAGCCGGGGCGCCGCCAUCGCCACCGAUCUCGUCUUCUCCCCCAAAAUGCCCCCGCAACCAGCCAUUUUUCAGAUGCCAAAACAAACGCAACCACGACGAGCCAGCACGCGGCGUAUCUCGGAGACGUUGCGUAUCGUGCUGAGCAGUGAUGCGAGGGAGACACACCUC